GAAAAGUAUCAAGUUAGUUCCAGUUUUGGACCUUGGGGUGCACUGUCUACAGCACAUGUGUCAAUCUCAAGGCCCGCGGGCCACAUGUGGCCCGCCACGUCAUUUCAUGUGGCCCGCGAGUCUCCCGUGAGUGCUUGAUUCGUCGUUAAAAAAAAGGUUGUUUUAUUUAUUUUAUAUUUUACCCGCGAAGUGACGGCAUUCUGCCACUAGAUCGCUGUGUCCACAUCAGUGUUUAAUUAAUGCGACGAGUGAGAUUGAGCAGAAAUAUCCAUGAGAAAUAUCCACACAUGAUCCCAAAAUGUCCAGGAAGCGAAAGGUUGACGCAGAUGGAAGGUUGUUUCAUGAAAGAUGGGAAGGCGAAUAUAUGUUUGUGCUACAAGGAGAAAAAACGGUAUGUCUUUUGUGUUCUGAGGCGGUGUCGGUCAUCAAAGAGUACAAUCUACGUCGGCAUUAUGAAACCAAACACGGAGCCAAGUAUGCUAAAGUUAGCCUUCAAGAAAAACAAGCGAUAGUUAAAGAGUUCAAAGGCAACCUGCGAUCGCAACAGAAUUUGUUCACAAAAGCCACAGCCAAAAACGAUGCGGCUGUGAAAGCUAGCUUUAUUGUAGCUGAAGAAAUCGCCCGCACUUCCAAGUCUUUUUCAGAGGGUGCCUUUGUGAAGCAGUGCAUGCUGAAGGUGUGUGAGCAGGUGUGCCCCGACCAGAUACAGGCUUUUAAAAAUGUGAGUUUGUCAAGAAACACCAUCGCGGACCGAGUCAAGGAGCUAGCAGCUUUUUCAUUAGCUGUUGAUGAAAGCACAGACAACAGGGACACGGCACAGCUUUCCAUUUUUAUUAGAUGCGUGAAGUCUGACCUCUCUGUGACCAAGGAGCUCUUGGAUGUAGCUGCCAUGCAUGGGACCACAACUGGAAGGGAUAUUUAUGAAGCGGUGGAGAAGUCUGUGAGUAAAACUGGAUUGCCCUGGGAAAAGUUGGUGGGAUUAACUACAGAUGGUGCACCUGCAAUGUGUGGAGUAAAAACGGGCUUGGUUGGACUAAUGAAGGAGAAAAUGCAAAAAAGUAACUGUCACACGCCUCUGAUAAGUUAUCAUUGCAUUAUCCACCAAGAAGCUUUGUGUGGAAAGGUGCUUGGGAUGGAUAAUAUAAUGACCACAGUCACGAAAACAGUGAACUUCAUUCGGGCGCGUGGCCUGAAUCACCAGCAGUUCCAGCUGUUCUUGCAGGAGAUGGGCUCGGAGCACGGAGACGUCCCGUACCAUACAGAAGUGCGGUGGCUGAGUAGGAGCAACGUCCUCAAACGAUUUUUUGAGCUGAGGGAAGACAUUGCUGUUUUCAUGCAGAGUAAAGGAAAACCCUUGGCUGAACUGUCGGAUCCAAACUGGCUGUGUGAUUUUGCUAUGUUAUGUGACAUAAGUGAGCAUCUCGCCCAACUGAAUCAGAAGCUGCAGGGACGCAACCAUGUCAUCACGCAGAUGUCCGACAUGAUCACAUGUUUCCAGCGUAAACUUGACUUAUGGAAGUGCCAAGUGGAACAGGACAAUCUUGCCCACUUUUCUGCUUGUCAGAACAUCUCUGCCUCAGUUCCCGGUGUUUUUUCAUGUGCCAAGUUGGCUACCAAACUGAGCCGGUUAAUGGAUGAAUUUGAUCGGCGCUUCUCUGACUUCAAAGCACAGCAGUCGGGCUUUGCCAUUCCUUUCACCACCGAUGUCAGCAGUGUGCCCCAUCACCUUCAGCUGGAGUUGAUCGAGCUUCAAAGCGACAGUGGCCUAAGAGCAAAGUUCCAGGAUGCCGCAAUCGAGGACUUUUACCGUCUACUGCCCCCUGGUGAGAUGCCACAGCUUCGACUUCAUGCUGCCCGUGUUCUCUCCAUGUUUGGGAGCACCUAUCUGUGCGAACAGAUGUUUUCAAUAAUGAAUCUAAAUAAAACCAAGCACAGUUCACGCAUCACUGAUGACAACCUGUCACGAGUGAUGGAGGACAUCAUACGUGGCACCCUCCCCCAUAUUGAUGACGAGACUCUCGGGAGACUUGUAGAAAGUCUCUCUGCAAUGGGUCUGAGGGAGGCAGACGACCUGAUGUUUAUCAGAGAAGAUGACAUAAAAGACCUGCUGUCAAUUGUUGAUUGCAGGAAACUUCUUCACAAAUUCAGCAACAGAGGAUACGUCGACGUAUCCUUUGGAACACAGCUCCACCAGAACCUGCACCUGCCCGUACCCCGGUUGAAGGGUCGUGUCACCAGCGUUGGCCUGUAG